AUGUCUGGGCCCCCAAACAUGAGAAGGAAGGAUCAAAGAUUUGAAUAUCACAAAGAUCACGACCAUGUGAUUGACAAGUGUUAUGCCCUUAAAGAUCCUCUAGAAGAUUUGGUUUGGGAUGGCCACUUGACUGAUUAUUUACCAAAAAAGGUUAUGCCGGCUAAUGAAUUGACCAUUUGUCAUGAGCCUUCUCCACUCGGCGUGAUUCAUAUGAUAUACAACAUCCCAUCCUUGAACAGGGUCGACACGUCCAGGCUAACCUUCCCUCACGACGAUGCUCUGGUUAUUGAAUUGCAAGUGAAUCAGUUUGCCAUAGAACCCGUUUUUGUUGAUCAAGGAAGCACUUCAAAAAUUAUGCAAGAUUGUGUGUGCUGGACCUGGACACUAAACGUGGAAUUCCUAAUUGUCAAACUUCCUUCCUCCUACAACAUGAUCAUGGGCCGAACUUGGCUCCACGCAAUGCACGCCGUGCCAAGUACUUAUUGCCAAGUCCUGCGAUUUUUGACUGAAUUUGGCAUUGAGCAAAUUCGUGGGUCUCAAAAAUCGACUAAGGAUUCUUAUCUUACAGCCUUAGCCAAAAAACCGAAGGAACUUGAGGUUAACUCCAUGGAGGUUCCAGACCAAGAAAGUCUUGAAGAAGUGAGGAACAUUCCGGCAGAGAAAGUGAUUGAAGAUUUAGAGUGGGUUUUGAUCCCUGACGAUCUCGAGAAGUUCUUUCUUGUUGGAGUAAUCCUCAGCAUUGAAAAGCGGUAG